AUGUCUUACCCUCCUCAAUCUGCUACCCAUCCUGAAGCAGCCAAUACAUUCCCCAACCGAAAUACUACAACUAUGUACACCCAGCAACAAGCUCGCACAGCUCGGGACUCCCAAGGUCAGCAAACCUCUUUUGCACAAGCAAGCACUGCUGUUACCCAAGCCGGAGACGGUGCCAUGAAUGCAAUGCUCAAUCAAUUUGCUGGUCUAUCUAUUCCUGGCAGCAGCCAUAGCACUGGUGUUACCCAAGCUGGAGACGGUUCCAUGAACUCAAUGCACAAUCAAUUUGCUGGUCUAUCUAUCCCUGGCAGCAUGGCUGGUUCUACAGGUCCAAUGGCUGCUAACCAACAUCCUUUGGGAACAGGUCAGGUCUACUUUCAAGUCACACCAGAUGGCCUUGUAUAUGCACCAAGCAUGUUUCAACCGCAGUCGUUGGCCCCUCAGCAGUUGUCUGAUAAUGCAUACAACAUGAACUCCUUCCCUGGAGCAUUGCCAUACCUUGCACAGACAUCUUCAAUUUACCCUGGCUAUGUCCCAGGAUACCAACAGAAUAUCCCGUACACUCCAAACGCGAGAUCUGCCUACUAUCCUGAUAGAUCUGAUCAUUCUCACUCCACCAAGGAUGUUCCUGGUCUUGAAAAUCGUCGCGGCUCAUACUCCACUACUGAAUCUCUUCCUGGAACACCUUAUUAUACCUCGUUCGCCCAUCGUGAGUCUGGUGCUCAUAUCGCUGCCAUCGACCGAUCUCCAUUCGGCUCGACCCCUUCUCCUCAGCAGCUUCCGGUUCCCCAUGGUCAAUCGCUCGUUAAGGCGCUUCCAUACCCCACGAUUCCGAUUGGUGUUGACAUUCAAGCUCUCUUGAAGCAAUUCCCACCCAUUCCAAAGGCCGUUCCUGCUGUCUUUACCCCAACCGAGAACAUGAGAACUCUGGACCAGAGCUUGCACAAUCCCAUCAAGAACAACCGUAAUGUCUACAUUCGUGGACUUCACCCAAACACCGAUGAUGAGACACUGGCACAAUAUGCUGCUCGCUUCGGCAAGGUUGAGACUUCCAAGGCAAUCAUCGACACAGCCACUGGUGCUUGCAAGGGAUUCGGUUUUGCCAAGUACUUCGAUGUUCGCGACUCGGAACUUUGCAUUCGUGGCUUCUGGGAACUUGGCUAUGAAGUUGGCUUUGCUAGAGAAUCCUUCAAUGCUCGUCUUAAGGCAGAGGGCGAUGAGGCAUCCACCAAUCUCUACGUCUCUAACUUGCCAAAGACCAUGACCGAAUCUGAACUUGGUGCUAUCUUUAUGGACUACAAGGUCAGCAGCAGUCGCAUUCUUCGUGAUAGCCAAAACCACAGCCGUGGAGUUGGAUUUGCUCGUUUCGAGAACCGUGAUGUCUGCGAAGAGAUCAUCAGAAAGUUCCAUGGUCAACCCAUCGGUGAAGAAGGCCUCUUGCUUCAAGUCCGUUACGCAGAUACUCCAGCACAAAAGGACCUGAAGCGUAUUACCACCGAGCGUCGUCAAUUCCGCACCAACGAGUACAACGUUGGAGCUUACGGUGCUCCUGCUGCCGAUAUGAUUGCAUUGGCUUCUCCCCCAAUGCCAUCGCCAAUCCUCCCACGAGCUUCUCAGAUUGCUCGACACCUUCCUGGCUCCAGAUCCAGCGCAUCUUGGAAGAGAGAUGGUAUUCCAAGCCCUGUUGGACAUGUUUCAGGCUUCAAGGAUUUAGACCGAUCGGUUGUUAAAGUUUCCUUGACUGAAGCUUCUCCCAAGAAGUCUUUGAACCACGUCACUCCAACCGUUUCUGAGAGCGGCUCUGCCGAUGAUGGAGUCACCAUUCACGAUUCUCCAGUUGUUGUUCACAGUGCCUCUAUUGCGCACAGUGCUUCCAACACUUCCCCAUCUGCUCGCAAGUAG